CUCCCGAACCUCCCCAUGAGACAGCGCAGCAGGAACUGAGGUGGUGGUGCCCAUCUGUAGAUGAGUCGUAAAUAACUUUGGGGAGAUGGAUCUGCCUUUGGAGGAACCUCCAACCCAGCCUCCAUCAGAACCUCUAUCAGCACCUCUAUCAGCACUUCCAACUUCUGAGCCAGUGUGUGAGCUCCAGGCUGCCGUGUCUUGUUUUGCAGAGGAGACUGUGUCAUUCCUUUCUGUCAAUAGCUUGUUAAGCCAGUCCCUGCUCAGGGCAGCUGGCAGCCUGGGGGCACAGCAGAAAGAGCAAGGGGUGCCUUCAACCAUGGCCCGGCGCAAGCGAGAAUUCACCCCAGAUGAGAAGAAGGAUGAUGGCUACUGGGACAAGAGGAAGAAGAACAACGAAGCAGCCAAACGCUCGAGAGAGAAACGGCGGGUCAGUGAUUUAGCCCUGGAAGGACGAGUUUUGGCCCUGCUGGAGGAAAAUGCCCGCCUGAAGGCAGAACUCUUAGCCCUCAAGUUCCGCUUUGGCUUGAUCCAGGAUCCAGCAGAAGCUCCACAGCCAGCGCUUACACUGGCCAGUGAACUCCAUCGGUCAGCCACUCUACCCCAGCACUUCCCAGUGGCUCCUGAACUACCCCGCUAUCCUUGCACCUUCCAUCCAGAGCCAGCUACCAGCUCUGAGGACUCUGGCUUUUCUACCCCAGGAAGCUCCAACCUGGGAAGUCCUGUCUUUUUUGAGGAACGUGAUAGGUCAGAGGAAGGAAUUAUGUAUGAGAGGCAUUGCCUAGUACCCGAUGCUUCAGUUGAUGGAGCUGAUCUGGGCCGUGUUGGCCGUUACGACUCUGGGGAGAGCAUCAAAGGUCUUCCCCACAAGUUGCGCUUCAAAAUGGCGGUAGGGUCAGAGGAGAUAGCUGGAGAACAAUCUGGACAUUGCCCACCUUCUCCACCAGGAGGACCAUGGAGGGGGCUGGUGACACGGAAGGAGCAGCCAAGCACAGGGUGUUCUGCAGGUACCCUGGCAUUUGAGAGUAAUAGUGAAACAGAAGUCCCCGGGGCCCCUCAAGAGCCUGAGUACCAGGCAGAGAACCGGUCCCUACAAAGUCAGCUGGCCUCACUUUCAGCUGAAGUGGCCCAGCUGAAAAAACUGUUCUCUGAACAAAUCCUCAUCAAAAUGAAUUGAAGGGUGGGGGAGAGGCAAGGAUAGAAGGGGGGGGUCAC